AUGGCCGCGAAGCGUCUGCUGAUCAGGAAGCCGAUACUACUACGGGACGCACGGUCGGUGCUCGCCUUCCACAAAUUCGUCUUCGCCGAUCCGCAGUCUCGCCUCCCGUUCUGCCGCGCUCUUGAACUCAAAAUCCCCAAGAUGGAUGAAGACGUCCGCAAGGAAGUUGUGCAGUGUAUCUUGAGCAUCCUGGGACGCGCCACCUCUCUCGACUCGUUGAACUUACCGGACGCAAAAUAUACACUCCAACAUCUCACAGACCCGAGGAUACCUCAGGCAAUUGCGCAGCUAUCUACCUUGCGCGAGCUAGUGUUGCUGGGAUCGUGCAGAGAUGAAGACAUCAUCAUCAAGGCCACACAUUCCCUACCGACCCUCACAACCCUUCGCCUCUCACUCUGCUCCCUCGGCACGCCGGGCGGGGAUACCAGUACGGCCGCAGUUGACCAGUACCUAGCACCCUUCGCGCCAACGCUCGAAGCUCUGACGAUCACAGAUGCAACACUCCCGCUCAACGACAGGGGAAUGCAGUUUCCAGCGUUGCGGUCGCUCAGUGCUCUGUUCGACCCGGAAGUUCUGCGUACGGACAUCCUUGUGGAAAAAUUCCCGGCCUUGAAGGAUCUCGACGUUUGGAUUUCGUCCCCGCCGACGGGCGGAUAUUGGCGACAUGAGGCGUCACGAUCUGCUAAUCAGGAAUGGCAGGAACGCGAACGCUCCUGGGAUCGUCUGGAACGGCUCAUCGGCCAGCCGUCCGCCAUCUUCGUGUUGGGCUUGACUUGUCCUGUACGCCAUCUUAUGGUAGAAGCCCACAUACCGAGAGAGGAUUCAAGAGAAGAAAUGGCGGAGAUUUUGCUGACCACGCCCCCUAGCCACCUGAAGCUAUCUAUCUGGCUCGGCCGAUACGGAUACACCCUCCAGGGCUUUUUCCCUACAGAACAAGUCCAAAGACUGACGCAUCUAGCACUCGUGAUCAUUUACGACAAUUUCAAGACAAGUGAUCCAUACUCUCCUCACCACGCGCUGCGGACCAUCCGUUGGAAGCAUCUCUCCGCUCAGAUCAAGAAUUCCUUGCAGGGGGUGCAACUAACCCACCUCCGCUUAAUCAUUAAAUACUCAGUCUGUCCGACGGACAUCAUGGACAGGGAUUCAUACUAUGUCCCCUUCUCCGAGGGUUUCGUUGAAGACCUCCUCCACCUUGACCACGAGGAAACUGUUGUGGGGAUGGCCGCGGCGAUGCCGUCCCUGCAGUACAUUCAACUGAUGACAUGCGGCGAACACAGGGUAUGUCUACUCCCACCGCAGGUUUGGCAAAACAGGGUCUCGCGUGGCUGUUGGCGCUCGACCUCUGCCUGGCUUGUCGCAGCAUCACCGCGGGGCGGCGUCGAGCCGCUCGAGGAAGAAGCCUCAGAGCGAAUUAUCGAGGAGGAGGGUCUCUUCCUAUCGGACAACGACCGGUGGCAUCUCGGGCUGCACCGUGACUCGGAGUGGACCGCAGAGGAGACCGCGCCGUGGCCUAUACCCGGCGACACGUCUGAGCCUGCUGUCGCGGCAAGCAUAGCCAUAUAG